AGCGGAAGUAGUAAAAGGGCAGCUAGUGAAUCGGAGCGGUAUUAACGAACAGUUCGCCCCCUUCACGUCUCCGUUGUAUUUAUAUUUGCGUUGUUCAUCUACCGCCCGCCUGCAAUGGCCAAGAACCUGCCGCCUGAAGACCCGAACUUGAUAGCCAAGAUCGUGGACCACCUGAAGAACCGCGGCCUGUUCGACGAGUUCCGCAGGGACUGCCUGGCUGAUGUCGACACCAAGCCAGCCUAUCAGAAUCUCAGACAGAGAGUUGAUAAUUUUGUGUCCAAUCAUUUGGCUAAUCAUGAGUGGAAUCCAAGCCUUAACAAAAAUCAGCUGCGUAAUGAACUUCGACAAAGGGUCUGUAAGUCAGGAAUGUUGGAAUCUGGCGUGGACAGAAUUAUUUCUCAGGUUGUUGAUCCGAAGCUGUAUCAUAUAUUCAAACCACAGAUAGAGAAAGCAGUUCAUGAAUUUAUGGCUACAGAAAUGAAUGAGGAAGUUGUGCCAAAUCCUCCACAGGAGCCUGAAAAACAGGAGCUCUCUGCUCCAGCUUCAGGUACACCCUGAGGUAACACUUCGAAGGCUUUAGCACCAGCAUAAAAAUGACUGUUUUCUACUUUCAGCAGUACCUUCGACUGUAGUUGCACAAUCGGUCAAGAAUAAAUUUGACUGUGGGACAAAGAUGCUUAUCUAGGAUUAACCAAGAUAAAUGUUGUUUAUAGUUUACAUUAGCAUUGCUGCAUCAUUAUGCAGAAUAGGGAAAGUGAUAAGAACCGAGCAAUGAAGGAAAAGUGUCAUUUGAUGGAUCUCAAUUACUGUCACAGAAUUUGGAGAUUCAGUAAGAACAGAUGCUCAGAUGCUUUUGGCAAUGCUUGAAAUUUUGAAGACAAAUUAAGACAGAGUGAAUAAAGAAAAAGCUAUGGUAUAACUGGAUGAAUUCUGACUUCCAUUGAAGGAGGACCCCUACUGAAGAGUUUUUUAAAUGAGAAGUAGUAGUCAACCUGCCCAAAAGGUAGUUCACUUUUCUCAGAGCACAUUGUGCAUUUAACCCUUUGAGGAUGGCUCUAUUGCACCAAACACAAAAGAUUUUUAUGGGUUCAAAGAAUGCUGUAAAUAAAAGUUUCUAUUCUGUGGUUUUGUUGUCAUCUUUAAAACACUUUGUACUUGAGUUUUGAGGUACCAAUUUGAAUGUCAGUAAUUUAAUAUCUACAAUAUAAAUCCAGUAUCAAAAGGGUGGAUCUUGCAUAAAGUUUUCAGUUAAAAUGUUGCUUUAGAAAUUCUGUAUUUAAAGCUUCCAUCUCCAAAGGAUUGACGCAGCUGAGGUUAUAUUCAAUCUCCUGUAUUUCAAUUAAUUAGAUCAUUGAAUGUUGAAAAGUAGUUUAGUACUCAGCUGCAUGGUUGUCCAGCAUUAUAUUUGGAGGUUUUUUGUGUCACACUUCUUAAGUCUUGAGGAUAGAGCAGAAGAUGUUUGAUUAUUACAAGUGACAUACUUUUUCCCCUUUUGAUCCUGUUCCAGAAAAUAGCACAUUCUGCCAUAACUUUUGGAAGAUUAACCAUAAGAGCAACAAUUAGUGCAUAUUUUGAGAGAAAAACAUUACUGCAUGUUAGCUUUCUGGUAACGAAGAAACCAUGGUAGAUGUUUCUCCAUCUUUCAUUCUAUACUGUAGCAAAAAGGUACAAAUUCUCAGUUACUAACUGAGUUUACAGAGGUAUACAGUUGCUCAGAGUGGCUGGAAAUUUAUUUUCUUUAUAAAUUUUUAAGUUUACACUUUCCUUCCCAAUGCAUGCCAGUUGAGUUUAUACAAAUAUUUAUGCCUUGUUUUGCAUUGAUGUGUAAUAUUCCAAAAUCGGGUCCACAAUCUAAAUACAAUUGUAGUUUUGGCAAGAGCUGAAGGUUCAGAUCCACAAAGCAGUCUUGCAGCAGCUGGGUAUUGUGACUACAAUAUUCCACAAGUCAGAACUCUGAGAACAGCUAUAUUGAAUUAGAUGUAGGAGAUAAGACUAUAACACACUUGUCAUUUUUGUGUAGGUACUCCUUUAGUUCCAUCUCUAUGGUAAUGGUAUUUGAGUUGGUUCUUUUAUUAACACAGCUAAUUCAGGUUUCUUAUUGCAGUGACAGAAUAGUAAAAACAUUUCUGUUAAUUUAAAAUUCUGGCAAUAGGAUGAGACGACCAGAAAGUUUCAACUUUGAUUUCUGGUUUAUGGUAACUUGAAUCUUUAGCAGGAUGGGAUAUGCCAAUUGGCUUCAAAGCUCCCAAGAUAAAUAUUGGUAGGGUUUCUGCUCCUGACAUCCACAAGCUUAGUGAAAACAAAUGAGAAUGAGCUAUGCUGCUUCAGUGUCCAGACCAAUUAGAACUGUUUGGUUUCAUGGUCACUUAUUUUCAUACUCCAGUAAGAAUUGUCCAAUGUGAUUUGGGAAGGCAAAGUUAUAAGCCUGAGUUGUAUGCAUUUUUUAACCUAAUACUUUGUUUUGGUUUGUUUUUCAGGAUAGUUUUGAAGACUAAUCUUGAAAACUUCCCUAGACAGAACAGUUUUCUCCCCCUCCCCCACCCCCUCCACAGGUAAUGAAAUGUUUGUUCACACAUUUUCUGAGAGUUCUACAUUUUCAUGAACAGUACUAUCUGGGUUCUCCUUGAGAAAAUAACCAUCUGAAAGAAGGUGGGAAUGACCACAUUUUGGCUGUUGUACCUUUUUGCUGCAGGUUUUGAUUUGAAUUUCAGAGUAAAUGUCUUUCAUUGGUUUUUUUCUUAAAAAUAGUAUGUACUCUGGUGAAAUGUCCUCUGAAACAUCUGAAAUGUAGGAUUCAUUUUUUUCCCUCUAAUUUUAGGUAUCUGCUUUCAGGUGACUGGAAUUUGAAGUCAAUAUUUGAAAUGUCCAAUAUUUCAGCAUGGAACUUCAAAAGAUGAAAUACUGUGCUUAAGCAUUUAGGUCGUUAAAAUAAGAGCUUCCCUGAUUAGUGAAAGGAUUAGGUCCAGUUCAGCAGUAAGCCUUAAAAGAACACAUCUGCUUCUUGUCCAAUGGUUUGCAAUUUUGUAGGCUUGAGUGUGCAAAAUAACCACUAAUUGACAAUAGUAGCUCGGGCUGAACUAUCAAGCAUGGUUCUGGUCAGCAGCAUAAACCUUGUGGAGAACCCAAAUAUGUGACAUUCAGAGCGUACAUUUUGUCUUGUAACCACUCCAUACUUUUUUUAAUUGUAUCAUUUGAGAAGUUAGUCAUUUUUCAGACAUGGAUCUUGAUUUCUCAUAAUGCUGGAACUUCUAAUGUGAAAUGGAAUAUGGGAGAGUAAAAUCCCAAAAUCUCAGGGGUUUUUCAAAUUUCUCUUUCAAUGUGUAUUUGAUUUGAGGCCAAUUUGUCAUUUGUGCCAUUUUAUGUUACAUUCUUAAAGAUGAAGGCAUUUUUAUCCCCCCUCAAACUAAGUGGGUUACUUGCAUAUUUUUUUAAAAAGUACUCCACUGUGACUAGGUUAGACUCCUUGUAGUGCUUCCAAAAUUUUGUACAACUUUCAAAUUUAGUUGAAUCACUGGAUCACCAAGAUUAUGCUCUGAGAAGUCUGCACACUGUAGUCCUCUAUAUUACUGGAAGUCAUUAGUAUCUUUUCAUCCAGAUUAAGAAUCAACAGGGUACCAUUUAUAAAAGUCACAAAUGAUGUCUGUGAACAAAUUGUUGGGCUGGUCCCCUGCAAGUGCAUGAUUACACAUAGGUUGGUUGUUAUAGAGUGCACAGAGAAGCACCAGUUAUUCUGGGAUCUAGUGAUUAUGGUUAAAUCAUAGUACAAACCAAACUGGUUCAUUGGGUCGAGUUGACCUACGUAUUUUGUCGCUAAUUUUAUAUGCGGGUUAUUUAAUGCCCUUAAUAUCUUGUGACUUUGCUGCAAUAGCUUACCUCCAUAAAUUCUCUACAUUAGCUGCUAACAUUGUUAAAAGCCAUGUUUCUGAGUUGAAUUUGCUUCACUCUAGGUAAGCUUAAAUUUAAUUCUAGUUUAAUGGUUCCAUCUGGUAAUAAAAUUCAGCAGUUGCAAUUUGGUAAUUUUGAAUUGUUGUUGCACAGGGUUUGUUACACAAUCUCUACUACAAUCUUUAAAGUCAAAAAAUCUUCCCUAAGCUUGUGGCUUAACUAAAAUAAAUGAAUCUAGUAUUGACACUGAAAUGGAAUACUGUGAAAUUCAAUUAUGUUAUUUGUUUUUUUUUAAAAACCUAAUCAACAUUCUCAUGAAUUGUGGAAAAAGAUGCCAAAAUGUGAUCUUUAAUUAUUGUUGUACUUUAAAAGUGCAAAUAUAGCUUUUCAGUAAGUUCAAUAAAAUUUGAGCAAUGUAAAAGUUUUCUUUUUACCAAAUAAAA